ACGCGUAUGUAGCUUUUUAUACUCUUUCAUAUUCACAAACCAUCCCACCUCUUCGCCCAAAUAGACCAAUUGACCACACAUAUCAAAUGAUCUAAAACUUCCCCAAAUAAUUCGUCCCACCACACCAACUACCAUCCUCACAAACAAACCAACACCAUGCCCCUCCUAACCCGACGCGACCGGGACCUACACCGGGGCAUACGCGAGAGCACAAUCGCCUCAACCGCCACUCUCGGCCGCCAUACCUUAGAACGCGACAUCCCAAACCCACCACCCGCCGAACUUCCCCCCUACGAACCCCUAGCCUGCCCUCUAAGCGACUCAGCCAUCCGCACCCUAGCCCAACUCUGCGCCGACGGGCACACGCGAAAGUACGAAGAGCAACUAAGCAAAUCCCUCGAGCUCCUAAGCGGCAGCGUACGGGACCUCAACGAUCGUUUCUCGGAGCGCAAAGAGACUCUGCAAAGCCUGCAAGCUAAGCGGAUCGAGCGAAACGGUGAAAAUAGUAAUGAUACAAAAAGCGACCGUGAACAUGCGGUGGAAAGAGCCGUAUUAGAGUUACAGAAAGACGUCCCACUCUUGACCGAAGAAUGCGAUCUCGCGGUGCGCAGCGUGAUUGAUCUCAAAGUCGAGCUCGAGGAUAACAAUACCGCGAUGCGAGAUGUAGCGCAGAGAAUUGAGCGUGAAGCAGAAGCCAGAACGAGGCGCCGGAGACCGAGUCGGAGGAAUAGGGAUCCUGAUGCUGAGGACGAGACUCAGAAUAUGGACCAGGAUGAAGAUAUGGAUGACGCGGAGAUCGUGGGUCCGGUGGAUUUACUCAAGAAGGCGAAGCAAGAUGCGGCGGCUGAGUAUGCAAGCAAGAGCUUGUAUGAGAAGUACGCGGUCAACAAUGAUUAUAUCGACUUCAAGCGUCUGUGGCAUGACGCUGUACAUGGCGCUGAUGGCAAGCCGCUACCUGAUGCCACUAAGUGGUUUUCACAGAACGGAGCGAAUGGCGAGAUGGAAGAUGACGAAGAUGAGGAUUUGAUUGUGGCAGAGGAGCAUCUUGAUAUUCACUGCCCGCUCUCCAUGGUUGUCAUGCAGAACCCGUACACGAGUACUAAAUGCAAGCACACUUUCGAGAAGGAGUCUAUUGUCCAGUUCCUGCGAACUAAGCCCGGUGGAAAGGCGCGAUGUCCGCAGACGGGAUGUAACAAGGAAGUAUCAAUGGCGAAUUUCCAACCUGAUCCCGUUAUGCUUCGUAGAAUCAAACGACAACAAGUCGCGCAACGUGCUGGUAUGGAUGAUGACGAUGAGGAUGAGACUCUUGACGGUGAUGGUGAUUUGGAGAUGAGGAUAACGCAGAGCUCGCACCGCAAGGUUAAGCAGGAAGGGCGAGAUAGGGGACGUCGAUUGAUUGAGGAUAUAGUAGAUGAUGAUGAAGAGGCGUAGCUUGCCUAUGACGGGCUUCUAGGGACACAUUGAUUCUGUUGGCGUUACGGAUGGAAGUACAAGGAGCAUACUCAGGGUGACUCGAGCUUACGUCUACGAGACGAGGUACUAUUAAUCAUGAAUAAUGACGUUCUGACUAAGUUUAUGGUAUCGCCACAUCGUUGCGGAGUAGUUUUGCACUCUUGUAGUUCAAUCACUAACCCUAACCAUCUGCGCAGUAUUGCCGACUUCAAAAUAUACCAGACUAUACUAGUACAAAUACAUUCAAAUACGAGGACCUACAACUCUCACCAGCGAAGCUAAAACCUAAG